CAGCGGCGGCCCAACGACAACGCAGCAGCGUCCUCCGGCUCGAGUGGGUUCAUAUCACUCCAUCGCCCCAAACUCCAAUCCAAACCCUAAUCCCAAGAACCGAAGCGCUCGCCUUUCUCUAAACCCUAGAAGAAGGAGAUAUCCACGAUCUCCAUCUCCUUCCCAAGAUUUCUUUUUCUUUUUCGUGAUCCGACAGCGUUGUUAGAUUGAUAUACAAGAGGAUUGGGUAGCAAGAAGUCGUUUCUUGGCUCCAAUGGGUAGCAAGAAGAGGCCCUCCAGCUCCGUAGAAGAAGUAGGCGGCGAGGAAAAUGCCCCUGUCGAAGUGGUUACUCCAGAAUUUGUGACAGAACCGAAAAAAGGUAGAAUCCUUGAUGAGAAGACUGAGGCCGAGGGUGCGUCUUCUUCGGCAAUCCCUUUAUCUUUGAAACCCAUGGAAAGAAAGAAGAAGAGGAAAUUGAUGGAUAAGGAAAGGCACCGACUUGAUUCCGAAAACAAAUUGAUGGAUAAGGAAAGGCACCGACUUGAUUCCGAAAACAAGGAGCAAUCGAAAGAUCAGAAGUCUAGUGAUUGCCCUGCCAAGGAUCAGACAUCCUCGCCUUCUUUGUCCUCGAUUAACCUGCCUGGGUUCCAUAUUGAUGUAUUUAGGGAUCUGUCGUCUCUGGACUCGUCGGUUAGGGAAGUGGCGGCACAGAAAUUGGUUGCAGAGCUGCGUGACGUUCAGAAGGCAUAUGAGAAGUUAGAAAAUAAGAAAGAGGGUAACGGGGCGGUUCAACUGGAAGCUGAGAAGGAUGAUGGGAUGGAGCACUGUGCGCCUACUUUGAGAUAUGCUAUUCGUCGACUUAUCCGUGGAGUGUCUUCUUCAAGGGAGUGUGCAAGACAAGGGUUUGCAUUGGGGUUAACAGCUGUGGUUGGGUCGAUUCAUACCGUUGAAGUGGAGUCGGUGAUGAAGUUGAUAGUUGAUUUGUUGGAAAUCUCAUCUUCAAUGAAGGGUCAGGAAGCUAGAGAUUGCCUUUUGGGCCGCCUCUUUGCUUAUGGCUCCCUUGCUAGAUCAGGAAGAAUUGCUACAGAGUGGAUUCUGGAUAACAGUACAUCACUUGUAAAGGAUUUUACAAGUCAAGUCAUUUCGCUUGCAGGCAAGAAGAGAUAUUUAAGUGAGCCAGCUAUUGCAGUCAUUUUGGAAAUGGUUGAGAAGUUACCUGUUGAAGCUUUGUUGAGCCAAGUUCUUAAAGCUCCUGGCAUGCAUGAGUGGUUUGAGAAAGCUGCCGAAGUUGGAGAUCCAGAUGCCUUGUUCUUAGCUUUGAAGUUGCAACAAAGAGUACAUGACAGUGAAGUUUUUGGCAAGCUCCUGCCAUAUCCAUUCAGUCAUGACAAUUUCUGUACUCGAGAUCAUCUGUUAUAUCUUGCCCCUUGCUUUAAGGAAUCAACCUUCUGUAUGCCGCGUCUACAUAGUCUUUGGCCCUUGGUGGCAAAUUUGCUUAUACCAGAAUCAGCAUCUCAAGAUGAAGAUGCUGCGGCGCAUUCCGGUAAGAAACACAAGAAGAGCAGGAAAGGGAACUCCUUUGGGGAUGUUGCCAAAAAUAUUUGCUCUUUCUGUGAGGUUGUUGUUGAAGGAUCACUUCUUUCAUCAUCUCAUGAGAGGAAACAUUUGGCAUUAAGUGUUUUGCUUCUUCUCCUGCCAAGGUUGGCAGUAUCAUGCAUUCAAGUUGUCUUAUCUAACAAGCUUGUGCACUGUUUAAUGGACGUCCUUUCAAACAAGGGUUCUUGGUUGUACAAUGCUGCUCAGCUUUUUCUGAAGGAAUUACUAAACUGGGUUGGGGAUGAUGAUGACCGACGUGUUGCAGUUAUUGUGUCCUUACAGAAACACAGCAAUGGUAAAUUUGAUAGUAUCACAAGGACACAGGCAGUCAAAGAGUUAGUUACGAAAUUCAAUACUGGACCAGGUUGCUUGCUUUUUGUGCAUAACUUAAUCAGCUUGUUCGUAGACGAAGGGACCCUCACAGAUGAACCAUCUGAUCAAAGUCAGACUACAGAUGAAAAUUCGGAAAUGGGCUCAACAGAAGAUAAGGAACCUCCUGCAUCAGGGAAUACAGACUUCUUGAAGAAUUGGCUUAUAGAUACCAUGCCUCGUGUCUUGAAAAAUUUAAAACUGGAUUCUAAUGCGAAGUCAUUGUUUCAUACAGAGAAAGAAAAAUUCAUAGAAGAAAAGUUUCGUGUGCAGACUGAAAUAAUGAAGUUCCUGGCAGUUCAGGGUUUGUUCUCUUCAUCUCUAGGCACUGAAGUUACAUCAUUUGAGUUGCAGGAGAAGUUCAAAUGGCCAAAAGCUUCUACAUCCAGUUCUUUGUGCAGGAUGUGUAUAGAGCAGCUCCAGUUGUUACUAGAAGAUGCACAGAAAGGGGAGGGUUCACAUCUACCAAGUGGACUUGAGCUCAAUGAUCUUGGAUCUUACUUUAUGUGUUUCCUCAACACGAUGUGCAACAUUCCUUCUGUUUCACUUUAUAGGACCUUGAGCAAGGAAGAUGAGAGGGCAUUUAAGAAACUGCAAGCAAUGGACUCUAAACUUUCCCAUGAGGAAAGAAGAAUUAGGCCGGAACCAGAUGCAAAUAAAUUGCAUGCAGUUCGUUAUUUGCUAAUUCAAUUGCUGCUGCAAGUCCUCCUCCAUCCAGGCGAGUUCUCUGAGGCAGCACUGGAGCUAAAUAUAUGUUGCAAGAAGGCUUUCCAUGUUGCUGCUCAUGGUGACUCUUCAGAGGAAGAAGACCAAUUUGAUGAUAAUGAAGCACCAGAGAUGAUGGAUGUGCUAGUAGAUACAUUGCUUUCUCUCUUGCCUCAGUCAUCUGGCCCUAUUUGUUUUGCUGUUGAACAGGUUUUCAGGUUCUUCUGUGAUGGUAUAACAGAUGCUGGACUCCUUCAGAUGUUGCGUGUUGUCAAGAAAGAUCUGAAGCCUCGUCGACAUCAAGCAGCUAGCAGUGAUGGCGAUGAAGAUGAUGAUGAUUUCCUUGGAAUUGAAGAAGCAGAGGAAACUGAUGAAGCUGAGGUUGUUGAGACAGGCGAUAGCGAUGACCAUGCAGAUGAUUCUGAAGGAAUGCUUGGAGCUGAGGCAUCUGAUGAGGAAGUUACCAAAAAUGAUGAUGAGGAUACCGAGAGAAUAGAUGGAGCCGAGGCAACUAAUGAAGAAGUUACUAAAAAUGAUAAAGACCUUUCGGCUUCGGAUGAUUCUGAUAGUGGUAUGGAUGAUGAUGCCAUGUUUAGGAUGGAUUCUUAUAUCGCACGGAUAUUCAAGGAGAGGAAAAUUUCUGGGAGUGACAGUGCACAGUCUCAGCUCACACCUUUCAAACUUCGUGUGCUCUCGCUUCUGGAAAUAUAUUUACAGAAGAAUCCAGGCAAGCCUCAGGUUUUGAUGGUCUAUUCUUACUUGGUUCAAGCUUUUGUCAAUUCACAUAGCACUGAGGGUGGUGAGCAAGUCAGGCAACGCAUUGGGGGAAUUCUGCAGAAGAAAAUAUUCAAGGCAAAAGACUAUCCAAAAGGUGAUGACAUCCAGCUCGGUAAUCUUUCAAUCCUGUUGGAGAAGAGUCUGAAGUCAGCAUCACGUUCACGAUACAAGACUGUCUCUUCUCUAGCUCAGACCUCAUCAUUCUGGAUAUUAAAAAUCAUACAUUCACGAAAAUUUUCCAAAUCUGAACUUGAGGGGGUGGUGAAUAUAUUUAGAAAUAUACUAGUUGACUACUUCCAUAGUAAGAAGUCCCGGCUGAAACCUGGGUUUGUGAAAGAGGUUAUUCGAAGGCAUCCCUGGCUUGGGCUGCAGCUUUUUCACUUUCUUUUGGAGAAAUGUGGGAGCGCAAAAUCAGAAUUUCGACGAGUUGAAAUGCUAGAUCUCAUAGACUGUAUAAUGAAAUCAUACAUCUCAACUGGGAAAGCAGAGAAAGAUAAUGAUUCGUCAAGUAAAUCUAAGUUAUUAAAGAGACACUUACAUGCACUUUGUGAGCUGAUCCAAGAACUCCUGAGCAAUUUGCCAGAAAAGCAAUCGAGGCGUGUAGAAGUGCGCCGGUUUUGCACUAGGGUGUUGCAUGCAGUCUCAACAUUGAGCCUGAACAAGUCUUUUCUAAAGGCAUUGAAGCCAGAAACUUAUUUUCUAUGUGAGUCUCAACUAGGGGAUGCAUUUCUUCCCUUCAAGAUGCCUACAAAAUAGAUCAAAUGCUAGGAGGCUUUCUGAGUUGAUGGUCAAAGAAAAUGCCAGAGGUUAUGAUCUUUCUCGUAAUGUUGUUUAGAGGAUCAGUGGAGGCGACCAGUCAAGGUUCAGCUCAUAGGUGCUGUGAAGGAAGCCAAUUUUUAUGCUGCUGAAAUCUUGGUUCAGAUUGGAUUCUGGACAAUAGGCCUGAAAUUUUGAUCAGUUUAGGAUGUCAUACUGGAAUAUCAUAUGAGUUUCCCAAAUUGUUAUGGGAAAAAAAAACACAAAAAGAAGAUAGGACUGAGGGUUGGAUCCUCAAUUCAACUGCGACAGAGUUCUGAGCAGUGUUAAAUGGAGAGGCUAAAGGUGGUAUCAUUAUUUGCUGGUGAUCUUUGCUGAACUCAAUAAAUACUUCUUGAUCUUUAUGAUUUUCAUUAAGUUAAGGGGCAUGGCUUUGUUGUUCA